GCUCUGGGCUAACACCCUCUGCACCGUGUGGCUGCCCGGCCCCCGGCCCGGGCUGGCACGGCGCGGCUUGGCACUCGACCUGUACAUCUCCCCCUUCUCCCUCUCCGUGGCCCGAUGGCCGUCGCAGCAGUGCCCGCGUCUCUCCGCGGUUUGCUGCUGCCGAGGCGGCCAGCCAAAAGGCAGGCCGGCAGGCAGUCAGUCGGGCCGCCAGGCAGGCAGGCGGGCGAGCGCAGCGCCGGGCCGUGCCUCGCCUCCGCACCGCAGUCCGCCGUCGGGCAGCGAGCUCAGCGCACCGAGCCCCCGUGUGUCGCGCCCCGAGGCCCCCGCCGCCCCGCGACCCGCCGCCGCCGUCGACACGUCGUGCUUGUGCUUGAGAUGGCCGAGCGCCGGCCCCGCCGCGAGUGUGUGUGCGCGCGCCGUCGGCGUCCUGGUGACCCGGCGUGAGCUGUGAGCAUGGGGUGCCAGCAUGUUGAGGAUGACGUCGUCCACGCCGUCGCUGACUGCGGCCGCCGCGGCCACCGGCGCCGGCGUGCUCCGCCAGGGUGCCGCCGGCACGGAGGCGGCCCGGGGCAACCCCAACCACCAGAGGCCGUUGCCGCCGCCGCCCGUGCCACCCCGCCCCAGCAAGUCUGUGGUGGCCGAGGCGCUGGCCAGGACGCGGCGCGCUGACCCCCGCGCCGAGCACCGGGGAGAGCACCGCGCUGAGAACCGGGGGCAACAGCGGGCGGAACACAGGCCCGAGCUCCGGCUGGAGCCCAACGUGGUGGUGGUGCCCGUGCAGGCCGUGACGCCCACCCGGCGCGCGCCGCCACCCCCGUCCCAGCCGCCCGGUCUCUCCCAACCGCCCGCGCUAACCCACCCGCGGGGGCGCCCACCCCCGCUGCCCGACCAACCACCCGUCGCCGCCCUCAAUGGCGCCGCUCCUGGAGCCGGCAUUGGUCGCUCCCGGUCGACGGGGAGGACCAGGCGCCUCAAGGACACCCCGGCACCGGCGCUUCCACCCUGGGCCCUGGAGCAGGCCGUGAAAGCCGUGAGGGCCGUGAAAGCCGUCGCUCCUGUCGCCCCUGUGAUCCCCGUGGGCAAGGCCUCCCGCGAGGCAGACGGCGGAGGGCGACUGCGCUCGCCGUCCAAGCCGCUCGUGUUGAGCCCUGUGCGCCGGCCCAGCCCCGCCCCCAGCCCCAAGGGCUCGCUCAGGAGCUCCUCUAGAGACUCAAAGGGCUCGCCCAGCCCCACCGUGCUAGUCAUCGACACCAACGCGGAGCUCAGCUCGCUGGACUCCGGCAAGGCGUCCGACGGCGACUCUGGCGGCUCGCUGAGCUCGCGAGGCUCGCAGGGAGCCGGCGACCUGGGUGUGCAACUGAGGCGCCGCUCCCGCAUCCUCCAGUCAGACUGGUUCGAGGUGGAGGGCGACGGCAAGGAAGUCCGCUACUCCAGCUGUCAGAUCACCAUCGAGGACCCCGCACCGCCCGGUGGCCUGCCCGCCGUCCCGCCCGCCGGCCAUGGCGCUUGCAACGGUGUGACGGUGGUUGUGGGGUCGCCCGCGGUGUCCCCCGCUGGCUCGCCCGUCGGCUCCCCCGCCGCUCACCCCUGCGGCCCCCUGGGGUCUGAUUGCAGGAACGCCAACGCCUCCCUCAAGCGCCUCGUCAUGGCCUCCCUGCAGGGCCUGCCCCCGCUGCCCAAGUCCUUGAGCGGGGCCAACCUCCUGGAGAGCAGCGGGCUGCUCUUCACCCCCGCCGAGAUGGCGGCCGUCACGGGCAUGCCGCCGCCCCCGGCGCCCGCACCCAGUGGCGGGGGCGGCUCCGGGGCGCCGUCGCCCGGCUCCGGCUCUGGAUCCGGGCUCAGCCACUCGGGCAGCUUCCGCCACCACUCGAGCGGCAGCCUGAGCUCGAGGCCGACGCCGCCCAGGGGCACCACGCCCCCCUCGGGGCCGUCCGGCUCCAGGAACGGGUCGCCCCUGCAGUGCAUGUCGGUGCCGCCGCCGCCCCCGCCGCGCGCCGCGCGCCAGGCGGGGCCCGGGCGCGCCAACAACCUGGACGCCCAGCUGGCCUUACUGAGGAAGGAGAUGUACGGCCUCCGGCAGCUGGACCUGUCCCUGCUGUCCCAGCUGUGGUCUCUCAACGAGUCGAUCCAGGAGUUCCGCCAGCUGCUCCAGGAUGAGGACGCCGACGGCCUGGAAGGGGCCGCCCUCUCGCCACCCUCCCCGACAUCGCCGGCCUCCCCCCAGUCGCCGCAGAGCUCCGAGGACGACCUGCGCGAUCUGAGGGACGCCGACGAACUGUACGGUGGCCUUGGUCUUCCUUUGCAGGGAUUCCAGGGGCUGCAGGGAUUGCAGGGGCUACAGGGAUUGCAAGGCUUGCAAGGACACGGCAUGCAGGGGCUGCGCUACCACCGUUCCGUUGGCGGGGCUCCCACCCCUGCCUCCGCUCCCGCCCACCGUCACUACCACUCAGGACGCACCAGCACCGUGGACUUUGGCGACGUGUAGAGAGCUCAAACUGACUACAGUUCGUUCGAAGUCUAGCCCGCAUCUGGGGUAGAAUAACUUUUGACGGAGACGGCUGAGGCUGUUGACCACAGAUCUGCGUGUUCUAUUUGCUUUGUGAAGGCUUCUUGUAUUUAUGUAUAUAUAGAUGAAUGUAUGUAUGUACGUAUCUGUGAGUUUGUGUAUGUGUGUGCAAAUGAGUUUGAAAUUUUGUAUGUGUGACUCUGCAAAUUUAAGGCAGAUGUGUGUUGUAAGUUUCAUGCAAGGCUAGUGGACUCCCCAGUUGGUGUAAUCAUUAGCGCAAUGUUCUUGUCAUUCUAUUGCCUCUCAAAAAUCUAACUGUGUUGAUUGCUUAUGAUAAAGACUGCUUUUAAUUGUUAGUAGCUAAAAAAGUAUUAUUUGAAGAAAUUUAGAAAGCUCAUAUCUUUUCUCAUCACAAUUUCUCUGUUUGCCUCUGCCUGUGACACUGGCUUCUUUCAGGCAUUCUUGUGUGCAAAAGAAAAAAAAAUCUAUUGCCAUUUAAAUAUUUACACUCAAUUUUCUGCUUUGAAUAUUUAAGUCUGAGGAAGAUGAGUUUGAAUAAAACGAUGCGUAAACGUAGCCUGCCUGAAUGGAUGAAGAGUCCUCCUCAAUCUUCAUUUGUCAGUAAAGGGAAGUUAAGUCCACAUCGUAAAGCUCAGGGGCCCAGCUACCCUCCUAUAUCUGUGAAGAAAAUUAAAAAAGUUCCAAAGCUUCUAGAAGGAAGUCUCACACAGGCUGAUGAGCAAGAUACUUGUAGUUUAGCUGGAAUUUCUAUAGAAAACAAAGAAGUUAAUCUUAAUGUUAACACAACACUAGAAAUAACUGAUCAAAGCUCAAAGUCUGUCCACCAUUCGCCUUUAGAGGAAAAAGAAAGUGAAAUUGAUGAUUUGUUUUUAACAGUGGAGGAUUUAACUAGGGUGGCACAGGAAGUCAUUAAUGAAGAACUGCAAAAGCAGUUAUCUUUCAAAAAUAAGAGCAAACGUCUCUAAUCAGUUCGUCUAAACUGUACUCUUGUCAUAUUCUAAAAAAAUUGUGCCUAUUUAUGUAAAUUAAAAAAAAAAAUAGCUUUUCCAAUUUUUUUUAUAGAUUUUUAAACUCAAGGUUUUGUAACUGUUGUGAUGUCUUCCUUUUACAGAUAUUUUACAAAUCUAUGCCCAAUGCUCACAUCAUUUUAUAGAUUAAGUGUGGCCUAUAUCUUUGUGCCUGCUGAUUUUAACUUCCCUUUUCACUAUGAGGCCCUAAACUUAUUCUCAAAAUUAGAUUGACAAUACAAUUUUUCUGAGUGCGCCAUGGCCAGGGUUGUAUACUGUACUUUGAAGGUGUAGAUUUUGUAUAACUUAAAUUACUUGUCAUUUUUUUCCAUAAAUGUCAUAUCUGAAACAAAUGUUGUCAAUUUUGCCUCUAGUAUGAUGCUUUUAUAUAGGUAUUUUAAGAAUGUUCUAAUUUAAAUAUGUAUGGCCAUAUAACUGUAAACUGAGUGAAGGUAGACCAAAAGUGUAAUUUUUAAAUUGUAUCGCAAAAGUACCAAGUGUCAGGAUGUUAUGUCUUGCCUGGUUUCAAACCUAUGAACUACUUUGCAACUUACCAUCAUUUUGUGGUCUGCAACUUCCCAAGUACUGAUAUAUUUAUUCUGAGCAAGAGCAUCAUCCCAAUAAGCACAGAUUGUUAACUUGACAAAGAAUAGCCCUGGGUUAUCACAACUAGAAUUAGCAGAUGGACACAAACAGUUGAAGUUUGAGAUAUAGCCGAGGGGCAUUUUUUUGGAUGUAUAUGCUUUUACGUUAGUUUUGUGGAACUCUUUCAAUUUAUACCAUAACUCAAAGAUUCAGCUACUAAUUGUAUACCAGGCAGUUCCCUUCACAUUGUUUCACCUACUUGAUACUGUAGGCUAGUCCACGAUAGGUACCAACUGUUACCACCUAAUUGUAGAGUGUAAUUGAAAUUGAAAAAGCAACCAUCCCAUUAAAAGGAAGUCUUUCAAUAACUUAGUGUCACCAUUCGAACCAGACUAUCCUUAUCAGUAGUGCAAUUACAUAUUGUUAAUGUGAUUGUGAGUACUUUGUACAUUGUGAUUAUAAAAUGCUCUAAAAUAUGUAUCAGCAUUUUUGUGAAUAAAAGACUUCAAGCACUUGA